AAGAACAUAGUACCUUUACUUGUAAACAUAUAUUAGCAGUUUGGUUAGCAUCACUUACGCAGACUAAUCUGAAUUAUCAAACUAUUCAAGAAUCUAAAUUUUGUGAAGUACUGCUAGGACGUGUUUUGUAUUAGCACCAUGACAGACUAUGUGUUUGUAGGUAGAUUAACUAAUCUCAAAACAGUGAUUCAGCUUUUAAAAGCAGUUAAUUAUAGAGAAACUGCAACAUGUUCUGGUUCAGAGAAUGGUUUAAAAAUAACUGUUGAAGAUGCAAAAUGCAUGCAAGCUAGUGCUUACCUUCCUGCAGGACUUUUUGAGCCUUUUCUGAUAAAAGAAGACAUUAUUUUUCGUAUUAAUUUAAAUAUACUUGUUGAAUGUCUGUCAAUGUUUUGGCAAAGUAUAAACUCAGGUUCUACUGUUUCUAUGGAAAUGCAUUACAAGGGUAAAGGUCAUCCAGUCACAGUACUAAUUGAAGAAGAUGGUGUGGUAGUGGAUUGUUCUUUAAAAACUCAAGAAGCAGACGAACUUUUAGACUUUAAUUUAACACCACAAAAUAGUAUGAAUAAAGCCCUGCUACACAGUGAGCUAUUAAAAGAUGUGCUAUCUGAACUUGACACAUCAAGUAAUCAUCUUAAGCUUUAUCUCUCGCCAACAUCGCCUUACUUUGUCUUUAGCACAUCCGGGGUAGCUGGUGAUUGUCACAUUCAAUUACCAGCUACACACAAUACCGAAUUGAUAGAGACUUUUCAAUGUAAGAAAGAGGCGACAUCAAAAUAUAUGUUAUCACAUAUCAAACCAGCAAUGAAAGCGUUAUUUUGCUCUAAUAAAGUUGCUUUGAGAACCAAUGAAGAGGGUCUUUUAUGUUUUCAAUACAUGAUCAAAACGGAAAAUGGAAUCAAUUGUUACAUUGAGUAUUAUAUCUCACCAGUGAUUGAUGUUGGUAGCGACGAGGAAAAUUAAUUGUAAAAUUAACGUUAUUCAAAGUGUAAUUACUUUGUAUAUAUUUUGACGAUUAAUAAUAAGACUAAUAAGCACAAAAAUUACAAAGGCUAAAUUUAU